AUGGCUGUUGCUGGCAGAACUUCUGCUCAAGGCGCCGGUUCCAACGCGGAAAGUGCCAGUCGUGACGGAAGCAAGCCUUUAUAUAUUGCGGCGGAGCUAGGAAGUCAAGCCCUUGUCAACCUUUUAUUGCGAUUCAACCCCGAUGUCGAAUCGCACAAUGACGAAACUGGAUAUACAGCAUUUCACCAGGCCCUUCUAAAUGGACACGCCAAUGUUGCCUUGGCCCUCCUCAGAAACAAAGCCAAUAUCGACGCAUUAACUCCGGAUGGACACACUCUAUUGUUCAGUGCCGUGAUGCACGACGAUUUGGAGAUCAUUGAAUUCUUGCUAGAUAAUGGCGCCAAUAAAUAUUUACGUGAUGAUAAUGGCGAAACAGUGGACAAAUUAUCAAAGAGCGAUCAUAUGCUUGAAUUGCUUCGAUCGGAUAGGGUAUUGCAUGGCCCGCCAAUUGAAAGGGGCAGGGCGAAACCGGAAAUCCACUAUACAGUUCCAUCUCUUCCAACUGAGGAGACCGACAAAUUCAAUUCUUGCCAGGGAUUUCAAGAUACCAUUAUUGACUUUAUUCUUGAAGGAACGGAGAAGAGGAUCGAUGACAUGCUUUACGGGAAAGGCCCGGAAGCAAUUAUGAAUUCCGCAAAAAAAACUAAGAUGGACAAGCCAGCAAGCUUUAGAUUGAAUGGGUUGAGGUAUAUUAGCCGACAUUUUGGCGAAAGGGAGUCGGGCGCGAUAGUACUAAGAGAAGAAUCGAAAUCUAAACUAGCUCUGGUUAAUGGGAUUGGCCAACAGAAACGACCAAGCAGAUCAACUCAUGCUAUUCGAGGGAAGGAGCUGUACACGACAGUGAACGACAGCCUUCAAAAAUAUCGCCAUUUCGCCAUGGUAGAAUCAGACCCGGGGCGAGAGCAAGAACUUCCUGCGCGCGGCCAGGAGGCCGGGGAGUCAAUAAAAGACCACGAAGACGACCUAGAAAAAGGCGGGGGUACAACAAGUGCUAAGGAUGACGGUCAAACCGCAGAAAAGGACGACGCACUUGAGGCAGAGCGAACAAAGCUUGGCAAGGAAUAUGGGUUUUAA